CACUUCAACCCUGAAUCAAUACACUGACAAGAGUGAACACGAAAACCCUGAAUCAAUACAUUGACAAUAGUAAACACGAAAACCCUGAACCACUGACAAUGAGUAUUAUCAACAUUGAUCUGGACGCACAUAUGCAUGCAAUGUAAGUACACUACAUAUGCAAUAUGACAAUGCUUUCAGCACAGAGCUAUCCACAUUAGAAGGCGCUUACACACAGAUACCUUUGAUUAAUGCAGUGUCAUACCUUGUACAUGGUAUCGGUUCUCUUUAUGAAGGAGAAGCUUCAGUCCUAUGUAUAUGUUGUUACUGAUUCAUCAUGAAUGGAAAAGACACAACGGAGGCAUUGUCAGAAGUAAUUUUUGAUGGCAUGUCAAUUCCUCCAUUUAGGCCAUUGCGAGUCAAUACCAGACAGAGGUUUGAGGAAAUUCGCGAUCUUGACACCUGUCCAGAUGAUGUAAUUGUUACAACCUACCCAAAAUCUGGCUCCCACUGGGUAUGGGAGAUCGUUGGUAUGCUAUUACGAGGGAAAGCAGAGUAUGUCAAAGAGGGGAAAGAGUCGGUAUUUCUGGAAGCAUUGGAUGAUCUGGAUGUCAUUAACUCAAUGACGUCACCCAGGCCACUCAAUACCCACGUGCCCUACCGAUGGCUCCCGAUGAAACAUUUGAAAAAUGGCGGGAAAAUUGUACAUGUGAUACGAAAUCCAAAAGACAUUGCUGUGUCAAUGUUUUUCCAUUUUAAAGGAAGUGGAGAAUUUGUCAAUAGUGAAAGACUUAGCUUUGACGAUUGCAUAAAUCGCAUGAUUUCCUAUGAACCAAAUCAGCCAUAUGGUGGGUGGUUUACCUACGAAAGGGACUUUCUAAAGCAGGCAGCGGGCGACAACGUGCCCAUUCACAUUCUUCAUUUCGAACGACUGAAAAGGCACCCACUUGAGGAAAUAAAACGCUUGUCAGCCUACCUGGGAGUGCGCUACACUAAUCAGUUAAUUGAAGACAUUUCCGAAAAAUGUAAUUUUACUAAUCUCAAAGAAGCAGACGACACCAUCAAGGAAAAGACUCUCUACAAGAGCAUUGUCCUCGGUGCCAAUCCCACUUAUCAAGGUGACAUGACUAAAGUCAAUCCCAAAUCGUUUUUCCGUGAAGGGAAAAUCGGAAACUGGAGGGAACAUUUUACGGUAUCACAAAGCGAGCGUUUCGAUGCAUUUUACAAUGCUCAGAUGCAAGACUUUCAUUUACCUGUUGAAUUGAAACACACGGACAUUACCCGGCAGUCAGUCAUGUCCUGUAAAGGUGGUCUAGAAGAAAGCAAGAUCAUAAAAGAAGUGGUUUUCGAUGGGAUGUCUCUGCCACCAUUUAAACCACUUCGCAAAGAUGUGGAAGGGCGACUCAAUGCCAUCAGAAACAUGAAAACGAGGCCCGAUGACAUUUUGUUGGCCAUAUAUCCAAAAUCAGGAACACACUGGGUAUGGGAAAUUGUUUGGAUGCUUCUAAAUGGCAGACCUGAAUAUGUAAAAGAAGGCAAGGAAUCUCUCUUCAUGGAAGCUGUGGAAGACAUGAGUGUCAUCGAUUCACUGAAGUCUCCAAGGGUGCUGAACACAAACUUACCAUUCCGUUGGUUGCCAAAGAAACACUUGGAAAGUGAUGGCAAAAUUAUUCAUGUCAUUCGAAACCCCAAAGAUGUAUGUGUGUCGCUGUACUACCACUUCAAAGGUAGUGGUUUGUUUGUCCAUAGCGAGGGUGUACAGUUUUCUGACUGCUUUGAAGGACUCUUUUCGGACAAAAGAAAACCUCCAUAUGGUGGAUGGUUUGCCUACGAGAAGGAUUUUGAAGAAGCAAUUUCCAAAAAUUACAACAUACACGUUCUACACUUUGAAAAUUUGAAAAAGAAUCCAAUGGUUGAGAUCAAAAGACUGGCGGAAUACUUACAAGUUCCCUUCUCAGAAAAGCUUCUGCAAGAGAUAUCAACAAACUGCACAUUCAGCAAACUUAAAGAAGCAGACGACAAUUUGAAAGAGAAGGCUAAGUACAAGAAAAUAGUGAUCGGUGCAAAUCCAAAGUUCCAAGGCGAUGUUGACAGAGUUCAGUACAAGUCUUUCUUUAGAAAAGGCGAAGUUGGGGAUUGGAAAACCCAUUUUACCGUCCGACAAAGUGAACGCUUUGAUGCUUUGUACAGAGAGAAAAUGGCAGAUUCAACAAUUAAAGUAGAAUUUGAAUGAUGAAAUAAAAAAUAAUAAAAUUG